AUAGUAACAGCAACAGAACGGCAACACAACAACACACGCCGUGCCGUUGUAGUAGCUGAAUGAGCGUGGGUAAUUAAUAAACAGCAACAGAACGGCAAAAAUAAUUUUUUUUUGACAUUCGUGCUCGGAAAAGUCUAACGGCGCGGCGUACUGUUCUGUUGCGGUUCUGUUGCUGUUGCUGUUACAUUACUCACACUAUUCAGCAUUUCGACAAUACAACAGCACGGCCUGCUGUUUUGUUGCCGCUCUGUUGUUGUUAUACGCAUGCACGCGUAUUGCCGACGUCUUGUUAAUACUAUUUUUCUCAAUUGUGCUGACAAAUUUACUAACGUGUCGUUAGUUUGCACUUCAAUUCGGAAGAAAACUAUGCAAUAUUUACGUCAUGCUAUUGCGAAUCGUAACGUCGUGUUGCUGUAGUUAUUCUCUGUUUCUAAUUUUUUCACAGCACGCUUGUAUAUAUCUGGGCAAAAUUUAAUUAUCAUUCAUUGAUUAUUUCGUUCCAUACUGAUAAAAAUGUUAUUACGAAACAGGUACAUUUUCUAUUUAUACAUCGAUCUUAGAGUUUUCUAUUUUACAUUUUAUUAUAACAAGUGAUUUGAAAAAAAUUUGAGAACAAAACACAAGCUCACUUUAGUCUUGCUGAUCCUAGGAGUAACAAUAUUCUACAAUGAAUUUCUUGCCUAUGAGAUGGAAAGCUUCAGAUGGUCCUUAAAAAAUUGUGAAAAUUGUGUGAAAUUGUUACUUGUAGCUGACCCGCAAUUAUUGGGUGAAAAAAAUGAGAACUAUCUCGGAGCUUGGUUCGCCCGGUGGGACAGCGAUAGGUACUUGUCCAAUACCUUCUCAAGGGCUGUAAGACACUCCAGGCCUCAUGCGAUAGCAUUUCUUGGAGAUCUGAUGGACGAAGGUCACAUCGCUACAAUAGAAGAAUUUUCCAAGUACAAGAAAAGAUUAGAUGAUAUAUUUUAUACCAAAGAUGAUAUUUUGAAAAUUUAUUUACCCGGAGACAAUGAUAUUGGUGGUGAGGAAGACAUGGUAUCAACUAGGAUACAUAAUAGAUUCAAAUUUGCAUUUACUCAGCCAGACACUAUAGCUUACAAGAGUGUCAUAUUUUUCAAGGUUAACAGACUCACCCGAACAAGGCCAAAUGCUCCAAAAGAAGCUUUCCUCAAUGACUAUACAGAGAGAAAUACAACGAAUGUUAUACUGAGUCAUAUGCCAUUGUUAUUUUCACCCGGGCCAUUUGUUCGAAAUGUAAUCAAGGAACUGAGUCCUCAAGUUAUCUUCACAGCUCACGAUCAUAAAGCUAAACAUCUGAGCCUUGACACAGCCACUGAUCAACUAAGUGAUACUUGGAUUUUGCCCCCUCGCGAAACGCUCCUCUAUCAAUUGAGGCUUGAUAUGGGUGAUGUACACGAGUUGCAAAUACCAACGUGCUCUUAUCGAAUGGGAACACCUCAUAUGGGAUAUGGUCUAGCAUACAUAGCGAUGCCGCAUAUACGACGCUUCGAAUCGAAAGUGGUGGUUCUUGAUAUUAGUACAUCCUCAGCGCGUCUAGGGAACGAACUCUCAAGUUAUGAGAAAAAUGUGACGAAAAAUAUUUACAAAUCCAACGCUUACAGGAAAGCAGCCAAUACAUUAAGCAGUUUACCUAAUAGAGUGAAAAACGGCAAGGAAGCUAAGGAGUUACCGGGAAUUGGGGAAAAAAUAGGCAAAAAGAUAGAUGAGUUUUUGAAAACUGGAAAACUGAGGAAGCUCGAAAUUAUCAAUCAGGAUGAGAAGAACGUUGCCAUAAAUUUACUAACAAGAAUUUCAGGCAUCGGUCCUUCCAAAGCCAAAGAACUGGUGGAUUCUGGAAUACGAUCAUUAAACGAUUUGAAACGAAACAGCGAAAAAUUGAAUCAUCAUCAAAAGUUGGGUUUGAAAUAUUUCGAAGAUUUUGAGAAUAAGAUUCCUCGCGAUGAGGUCAUGCUUAUCGAGAAUUUAAUCCGGGAUACCCUGGAUCGGUUGGAUCAAAAAUAUUUGAUGACGAUAUGUGGUAGUUAUCGACGUGGUAAAUCCGAGUGCGGAGAUAUUGAUGUUUUGAUAACACAUCCCAAUUAUACUUCCAAAGAAAAAGAUGCCAAAAAUAAAUCUACACUUCUUAAGGACGUAGUUGAGUGUUUAAAAAAAGAAGCUCUCAUCACUGAUGUAAUAUCUCAAGGGGAAACAAAAUUUAUGGGAGUCUGUCGACUUUCCGGGGAAAAAAUACGACCAUACAGACGUUUAGACAUUCGUUUGGUACCGCGCGACCAAUAUUAUUGUGCCGUUCUUUAUUUCACCGGCAGUGAUUCAUUCAACCGUGAUAUGAGAGCAAAAGCUCUUGAUAAAAAGUAUACCCUUAAUGAAUAUGCACUCAGACGAUUGACGACCGAGGGUUUACCCGGCGAUGCUGAACAAAUAAAUAGCGAAGCCGAUAUUUUUCGUUUCUUGGAAAUGACUUACAAAGAACCACAGGAUCGGAAUAUUUAAACUUGACAGUCGCAGUGGGAAUGGUACGGCAAAAUCGUGCAGACUGCCGUUUGUUUCUUUCUUUGAGCCUUAAUUAUAGUGAACACUCGGAAAAAUAAAAUGAAUGAUGGAUAUGUUA